GCGGCGGGGAGCGGGCGCCAGGAGGGACGGCUGUCGGCGCUCGCGCCGCAGGGACUUUGACGUUCUCCGCGGCGGCUCCGGCUGCGCCGGGUGGGGGCCGCUCGAGUCCCCCGGCCGCGUCUCCGGCGAGUCCCAGCGGCCCCGCGCUCCGGCCGGCGGGCGCCCCGAGGGCAGGGCCGCGAGCGGAGGGCGGCGCUGCGGGCGGCGCGAUGGCGGGACGGCCCCCGCGACGUGACCGCUGAGGACGCCCCCGCCGCGCCCGGGCCCGGCCGCGCCGAGACAAAGGGGAGGCGCCCGCACGCGCGCUCGCGGGAGGCUCGCGGGACGGCCGGACGCGGCGCCGCCUCAUCCCGGGCCGGGCGCGCGGGGCCGAUGCUCUGAGCGGCCCGGAUCCCGGCCCGGACCCAGACCCCGACCCCCACCCCCCAGCGCCUACCCCGCGGCCGGGAGCACCAUGUGAAGGGCGGGCCGGCGCCCCGAGCGCGUGAAGAUGGGGGAUGCUGCGGACCCCCGGGACGGGAGGAGGACGUUCAUUGUUCCAGCCAUCAAGCCCUUCGACCACUAUGACUUCUCCAGGGCCAAAAUCGCCUGCAAUCUGGCCUGGCUGGUGGCCAAGGCCUUCGGGACAGAAAAUGUGCCAGAGGAGCUCCGAGAGCCGUUUUACACAGAUCAGUACGACCAGGAACACAUCAAGCCGCCUGUCGUGAACCUGCUUCUCUCGGCUGAGCUGUACUGUCGCGCUGGGAGCCUCAUUCUCAAGAGCGACGCUGCCAAACCCCUUUUGGGCCAUGACGCUGUCAUCCAGGCUUUAGCACAGAAGGGUCUGUAUGUCACUGACCAAGAAAAGUUGGUAACAGAACGAGAUCUCCACAAGAAGCCCAUACAGAUGAGCGCUCACCUGGCCAUGAUGGACACCCUCAUGAUGGCUUACACCGUGGAGAUGGUCAGUGUGGAGAAGGUGGCCGCGUGUGCUCAGCAGUACUCGGCUUUCUUCCAAGCCACAGAACUGCCCUAUGACAUCGAGGAUGCCGUCAUGUACUGGAUAAAUAAGGUAAAUGAACAUUUGAAAGACAUAAUGGAACAAACACAGAAAUUGAAAGACCACCACACAGUGGAAGCUUCAGGAGGCCAAAAGGCUCGUUACAGGAAAGAGCAGACAUUGCUUAAGCAACUGCCUUGCAUUCCGUUGGUAGAAAAUUUGUUGAAAGACGGCUCGGAUGGCUGUGCGUUAGCUGCCCUUAUUCAUUUUUACUGUCCUGGUGUCGUCAGAUUAGAAGAUAUUUGCUUGAAAGAAACCAUGUCAUUGGCUGAUAGCCUCUAUAAUCUGCAGCUGAUUCAAGAAUUUUGCCAAGAAUAUUUGAACCAGUGUUGCCAUUUCGCCCUGGAGGACAUGCUGUACGCCGCUUCCUCCAUAAAGAGUAACUACCUGGUGUUCAUGGCGGAGCUCUUCUGGUGGUUUGAGGUCGUGAAGCCCUCCUUCGUCCAGCCCCGCGAUGCUCGUCCGCAAGGAGCUGAACCUGUGGACGAUCUGCCCUCAGAUCCUGUCUUAACUGCUGCCCAGAGAAACGCCUUGGACAGCUCUGACUUCACCCCAAGACACUCACGUCCCCAAGCUCAUCCUUCAGCCUCAGGAGGAAUAAGAAGGUCUUCAUCUAUGUCCUAUGUUGACGGCUUCAUAGGGACAUGGCCCAAGGAGAAAAGAUCAUCAGUGCAUGGCGUUUCAUUUGAUAUUUCUUUCGAUAAAGAAAGUAGUAUACAGAGAUCCACUCCAAACCAAGGAAUCACUCGUUCUAUUAGUAAUGAAGGACUUACUCUGAACAACAGUCGUGUAUCCAAGAACAUUAGGAAAAAUCUGUCCUUCAAGCCAGUAAAUGGGGAGGAGGGAGCAGGAAGCAUUGAAGAAGAACUUCAGGUGGGCUCUCACGGCCACCUGACGGCCUACGUGCCCCUAAACACAAACGAAGUAGGUUCUAAGCAGAACAUGGCUCACAGGCUUCCGAAUGGAGCUCUGCAGAGCAGGGUGCUCCUCGAUGAGUUCGGCAGUCAGGUCGGGACCCCCAGCAUCGAAGAGGCGUUACAGAUAAUCCAUGACACUGAGAAGCCUGCCCACACCCCUCGGCCGGACCAGCUUGCCAACGGCUUCUUCCUCCACAGCCAGGACGUGGGCGUCCUGAACUGCAGCGUCCCGCGCAGCCAGUCCAGUCCCGAGAGCAUGGCGGACACGAAAGGCGCCUCGAGCCCCGUCACUGACAACACAGAGGUGGACACGGGGAUCCACGUCCCUUCAGAGGACAUUCCGGAAACUAUGGAUGAAGACUCUUCCCUGAGAGACUACACCGUGAGUCUGGACUCUGACGUGGACGACACAUCCAAAUUCCUCCAGGACUACAACCCCAGAGAGGCCUUGAGCCCCUGUCCCAGCACCGUCAGCACCAAGUCCCAGCCCGGUAGCAGCGCCUCCUCCAGUUCCGGCGUGAAGAUGACCAGCUUUGCCGAACAGAAGUUCCGGAAGCUGAAUCACACCGACGGAAAAAGCAGCGGCAGCAGUUCUCAGAAGACCACGCCGGAGGGCUCGGAGCUCAACAUCCCUCACGUGGUGGCCUGGGCACAGACCCCAGAGGACACGGGCCUUCCGCACGGCCGGGACACCACGCAGCUGCUGGCCUCCGAGGUGGUGCAUCUCAGGAUGAAGCUGGAGGAGAAACGGCGGGCCAUCGAGGCCCAGAAGAAGAAGAUGGAGGCCGCGUUCACCAAGCAGAGGCAGAAGAUGGGGCGAACGGCCUUUCUCACCGUGGUGAAAAGGAAAGGGGACGGCCCCUCCCUGCCCCGGGAGGAGGCGGCUGGCGCGGAAGACGGGAAAGUGUACGCGGAGCGGCCGCCGGAGAAGGAGCCACAGAAGGCGAACGGGCCGAGGAGCGGGUCCCCGGCGGACCCCAAGGAGGGCACGGAGAGCCCCGUGGGCAGGUGGCCGCCGUCCCCGAGCGCGCCCGGCGACCCCGAGGGGCCGUGGAGCCCGGCCGGCCCCGCGGAGGAGCCGCCGCAGGACGGCGAGCUGCUGGAGCACACGCGCUCCAUCGAGAGGCUCAACGCCUCCCUGCUCGUCCUGCAGCGGGAGAUGCAGCGCCUGGCGCUGCAGCAGGAGCUGCUGAUGCACAUGCGCGAGCAGCAGGCCUGGGUCAUCUCCCCACCCCCGCCCUCUCCGCACCGGCCGGCCCGCGCAGGGAAGCCCCACCGGCCGCCGGCCGAAGCCCCCCGCCCUGCCCACCCGUCUCCGCAGCCCGCUGCCAGGAAGAGCGCCUCCUUCUCCGUCAAAACUCAGAGAACUCCCAGGCCAAAUGAAUUGAAACUCACGCCCUUGCACCGAACGCUGACGCCCCCUCGCUCUGUGGACAGCCUCCCUCGGCUCAGGAGGUUCUCCCCGAGUCAGGUCCCCAUUCAGACCAGGUCCUUCGUGUGCUUGGGGGGCGGCGGAGAGCCGGAAGCGAAGGAGUCCGGACGCAAGGAGGGAGCGGAGGACGAGGAGGGGGAGGAGGAGGGGGAGGGGUCCACGGGCCCUCGGGAGCAGCACGGGCACAUCCCGGAGGACGAGGAGGCGCAGGCUCCGCCCCCUGCGGCUCCCGAGGGCCUGGCGCGGCCCGCCACGGAGACCGCGUGGCCCACCGGGAGCGAGGACCGCGUGAGUCAGCCUGCAGAGCCUCCUUGCAGACCUGCCUUCCCACCCGCUGCUCCUAAAAGUGCUAAUCUGAUUGAAGUCUCCCUCUCAGAUUUGAAAGCCCCUGAAAAGGCUGAGGUAUCUGUUGAAAAAUAUGACGGAGAAAGUGAUAAAGAACCAGUUGAUGACGACCAGAAAGUAUGCUGUGGAUUCUUCUUUAAGGAUGAUCAAAAAGCAGAAAAUGAUAUGGCAAUGAAACGGGCAGCUUUGUUGGAGAAACGAUUAAGAAGGGAGAAAGAGACCCAGCUGCGGAAGCAACAGCUGGAAGCUGAGAUGGAGCACAAGAAAGAGGAGACCAGGCGUAAAACCGAGGAAGAACGUCAGAAGAAGGAAGAUGAGCGAGCCCGCCGGGAGUUCAUCCGGCAGGAGUACCUGAGGCGCAAGCAGCUGAAGCUCAUGGAAGACAUGGACACGGUCAUCAAACCUCGGCCUCAGGGAGCAAAGCAGAAAAAGCAGCGGCCGAAGUCUAUCCACAGAGACCACAUUGAAUCCCCCAAAACACCCAUAAAAGGUCCUCCAGUCUCUAGCCUUUCUUUGGCGUCACUGAACACAGGCGACAGCGAGAGUGUGCAUUCAGGCAGGAGGACCCCGAGAUCAGAGUCUGUAGAAGGCUUCUUGUCUCCAAGCCGUUGUGGCAGUAGAAAUGGCGAAAAGGACUGGGAGAACGCUUCGACCACUUCUUCUGUGGCUUCUGGAACAGAGUACACAGGACCAAAGCUCUUCAAAGAACCCAGUGCAAAAUCCAAUAAGCACAUAAUACAGAAUGCUUUAGCGCAUUGCUGUUUGGCUGGAAAAGUAAAUGAAGGUCAGAAGAAAAAAAUACUGGAGGAGAUGGAGAAGUCAGAUGCCAACAACUUCCUAAUCUUGUUCCGGGAUUCAGGCUGCCAGUUCAGGUCUUUGUACACUUACUGCCCAGAGACUGAAGAGAUUAAUAAGCUGACUGGGAUAGGCCCUAAAUCUAUCACUAAAAAGAUGAUCGAGGGCCUUUACAAAUAUAAUUCUGACAGGAAACAGUUCAGCCACAUCCCCGCUAAAACUUUAUCUGCCAGUGUUGAUGCCAUUACCAUUCACAGCCAUUUAUGGCAGACCAAGAGACCAGUGACGCCCAAGAAACUUUUGCCCACUAAAGCAUAGGAACCGGGAAAUACUCGCUUCAGAACAUUCAUGCUAAAUUUGCACUUCAUCUUUCCUGCCUAUAGAAAACCUUUCUAAUUGCCAACAGACUUUUAUUAAUUGAAACUGGACAUCCAGCUCUGUUGUCAUGACAACUGGAAUGUAGACCGCAGUGUUUGGAGUGCAGGAGGACCCACACGGGUGAUAGGCCAGGCGGUGACGCGCUGUCCAGCUCACAGGUGGAGGUUCGCCUGCUCGGUAUUCGAUACGUCGAAGCACUGAGUUCUCAUAUGGACACUAGUUGAAAUACGGCUAAGAUUACGAAUUGUGUGUUUUGUUUGUUGCUUUUUUUUAAAGAACUUUUUAACGUACGUGCCUGUCUUCAGAUGGUUUAUUUUGCUGUUUUUCUCUGCUGGGGGUUUGUUCCAAGAUACCUUUGUAUUUUGUUUCACGUGGAGAUCAUGCGAGUAGGAAAUAGGCCUUCAGAGGUAACUUGCGUCUUCCUUAGGCUGCCGAGAGAAACACUAGUGUUUAGUUUUACAGCAACCCUCAUGUUUUAAUGGUGUUAGAGCAUUUGCAAGAAUUAUUCUGCUGAGUAUUUACAAUUCCAUAUUUAUUAUUCACUCAAGUAUUAAUGUUUCUCUAUUAAAUAAGAGGAGAAGUCGUGAAGAGCUGCUAUAGGUUCACUUAAACCACAUGAGCUUAACCAAGAAGAUGUUAUAAGAAGUUGCUGAUUAAAUCAGUGCUGUUUUUACACCACUUCUGGCCAACUCAGAAUAAUUUGGAUUGUUCUUUUAACAAAAAGGCUUUCUGUCUCUCUGAAAGUAUGUCACUUUAUAAGCUGGCGGAAGUGAAGGACACUUGGAGAAUAGUCUCGGAAUCAGAGGAUGUAAGACUUCCUGCCAUGAGUUCUCAAGAGGUCUUUACAUUAUAUUUAUAACUGAUAUAAAAAAUUAUAUUUAGAAUUUUUAAACAUGUACAAAGGGCUACGUUUUAAUUUUAAAAUAGCUUCACAUUCUUUUGCUUACGUUGAGUUCUUCUUCUUCUUUAUCCUUUUCAAGUGGUUCAGCUUAGAUUAAGUACACACUUGAAAUCUUCUCUAUGUGGUCUUUGUUCCUUUAACAGUGUAUACCAGAGGGUUAGUUGGGGAAAAACUUCAUUCUCAGGAAAAGACUUGAAUGAUUCUGUGACCCUGUUAUGUUUCAGUGUUGUGACAACCGUGUAAACUUAGAGGGAAAGACAGUAUUGUAGCAUAUAUGAGAUGUGUAGUCUGUUUUCUUUCACGGGAAGUAGAGACUAAAAUUUAUACAUUUCUCUAAUUGAGUGGUUUAGAGAAAUAACUAAUAUCUCAUAUGAUGUAUUUACUUAUUUUUUAAAAAGAGUAGGAAUGAGAUGUCCCUGAACUGUACUUUUCUAUUAUUAUAAGGCCUUUAGGCAUCAGUGCAUCUGGGUUGUCAACAUUUUCUCAAAUGCUGUCAAUAUUUUACUGUAAUUUAUGUCCUUAUAUUUAUGUAUAUUUGUUAAAACUGUAAAAAAAAAAAAAUUCACAGAUUUUUUUCCAGUACCUGUGCAAGAUAUAUGUGUAGCUCAGAACUAUUUGUGAUCUACUGUUUGCAUGUAAGAGACCAGGAUAUAUGUAACUCUUAUAUUUUAAGUGUAUACAUACUGUGUAUAUAAUAUAUGGAGAUUUAAACUGGGGGACUGCACAUGUUACCUUUCAGACAACCGUUUCUAUCACAAUGAGAAGGAAAUGAUUGCCAAAUACAUGUUUAGAUUGACUAGUUUAAAAAAAAAAAAAAGUAAGUGAAUCUAAUCAAAAUGUGGUAAAUAAUAGAGACAAAAGGAGAAUUAAUAAGCGUUCUACAUUACUAAAUUUGUUCUUUUCAAUCAAUUAAAUUUCCUUUAUCAAAGCAAUCUUCUUGGUGACAUUACUUGGCCAUUAAAUUUUUUUAAUUGGCUGCCAGACAAUGGAGGAACUGACUAUGUAAAACCGGACAGGACCACCCUUUAUUCUCAAAUUUGUGUGUGUCCAACAAUGUCCACAGUGUCUAAAGGUAGAAUGUGAAUGUUGCCACAGAAGUUCCUCGCUCUCAGUAUGUUUUACUUUCUUCAUGCGGAAAGAAUAUGGAUAUAUUUAAGUCUGCAGAUCUUUUUUAAAUUAUGUUUUGAAAAUUAUACACAUGAAAAUUACGCUAUUUCAUAAAGUCUGGAGAUAUCCGUCAACCUUAUUGAAACACAUUGGUGCUUCUCAUCAUUGGAGGGUCACGUUAUUAGGACAAUUAUUCAGUCAAGUUUGCCAAACAAACCCGUAACGGUUACCAGUGCGGCCUGUCAGAUUCUGCCACGUGACACAGCCUUGGAAAGCUUUUCAUUCCUCUCGGCUUUUCCCUUUUGCUUUCGAACGACUGUUAACCGUUUUUAUUUGGCUGUUUUUAAAGCCGAAUUCAGCUUUUUAACUGUGGUUUCAUGGGCACUUCGGGCGGUGCAGUGUCUGGUGUGCUUACUGUGCGCCCCGGAACAUCGCUUACAGGUUUUUUUACGACGCUGUGCUGUAAAGGACUGUCCUAUUUGCUACUUCCUGGUACCGUGUAGUUUUUCCCCUUUCAUUUGAAUAAAAGCAUGGCACCAAA